CGCAGUUUGAAGCCGAAAGCGUGCGUCACUGCCGUGCUGGCAAGGGGAGCUUGCAAAAGGCUGCGCUCAUUCAUGCAAUAGGUUGCGCGCAGGAUGAAGCCUGGGAAGGGGGCAAGCGUGCUUGCGGGAGGCGGAGCUUUGCACCAGUGACUUGCUUUUGAGGGUCAUGUGGCCUGCCUUGCAGGGGAGGCUGUUGCUUGCGAGGGAUCCUGGCACCUCCAAGGUGUUCGGCAGGUAGGUGGCUGUGGGUGGGUGUGCGCGCAGAGAGUAGCUUUCUCCAGGCGCAGCAAUUGCCAGCGGUUGCAUUCCCUAACCCCCUGUUAUAAGAAAAACUGCUCCUUUUCCCUUAUGGGCUACCCAAGAGCCCAUAUAGAGUCCUUUUGUAGGUUCUCUAUCGGUAGGAGAAAAAUGUUGUUGUUGUUUAGUCGUGUCCAGCUCUUCGUGACCCCCUGGACCAGAGCACGCCAGGCACUCCUGUCUUCCACUGCCUCCCGCAGUUUGGUCAAACUCAUGCUGGCAGCUUCGAGAACACCAUCCAACCAUCUCGUCCUCUGUCGUCCCCUUCUCCUUGUGCCCUCCAUCUUUCCCAACAUCAGGGUCUUUUCCAGGGAGUCUUCUCUUCUCAGGAGGUGGCCAAAGUAUUGGAGCCUCAGCUUCAGGAUCUGUCCUUCCAGUGAGCACUCAGGGCUGAUUUCCUUCAGAAUGGAGAGGUUUGAUGAUCUUGCAGUCCAUGGGACUCUCAAGAGUCUCCUCCAGCACCAUAAUUCAACCCCCUGUUAUAAGAAAAAAAACCAGCUCCUUUUCCCUUAUGAGGUACCCAAGAGCCCAUAUAGAUUCCUUUUGUAGGAGAAAAAUAACAGAGGCCAACCAGAGAAUAUUGAGAAGCAAAACAGCGAGUGACCCUGAUAUUUAUUAAACUGUUGCAGCAGGAUGAUCACUUCCACACGAACCACGAUCUAACCGACUGAGCUAUCCAGCUGAAGAACGCUUUAAAUCCGGUCUUAGAUAUUAACUGCUUUGAGUUGGUUAUUGGAAUCAUAAAACUGCUUUAUAAUGUUUGGCAUUUGGUUUUUGAGUUCUGUUAUCUAUUUGCCACCCCUUGGCUUCUUUGGGAGGAAGGCCAAGGUAUAAAUUCAGUAAAAAAUUGUUGCUGAAUGUUGCUUUGUUGUUUAUUUUAAAGUUCUUGUUGCUUUUUGUAUUGGAUAAGGUUGUUACUGUUCAUGUUUGAUGUUUUUAUAUGUGUUGGAGGCCGCCCAGAGUGGCUGGGGCAGCCGAGUCAGAUAGGUGGGAUAUGUAUAUCUGUAUGUAUGAAUAAAUAAAUAAAUAAAUAAAUAAAUAAAUGAAAUUGAUUAAAUAAAGUGUUAUAUAUGCCUUUUCAAGAGGAGCAGGGAAAUCCAUGGUGGAAAAGACGCUCCAGCUGCAAUGGCUGUCUCUACUGUUAUAGGGAGUAAAUGCUUCUGAAUACCAGUAAACCACAGAGCCUAGGACUUGCCGUUCAGAAGGUUGGCGGUUCGAAUCCCCGCAAUGACGGGGUGAGCUCCCAUUGCUCGGUCCCUGCUCCUGCCAACCUAGCAGUUCGAAAGCACGUCAAAGUGCAAGUAGAUCAAUAGGUACCGCUCUGGCAGGAAGGUAAACGGCGUUUCCGUGCGCUGCUCUGGUUCGCCAGAAGCGGCUUAGUCAUGCUGGCCACAUGACCUGGAAAAACUGUCUGCGGACAAAUGCCAGCUCCCUCGGCCAGUAAAGCGAGAUGAGCGCCGCAACCCCAGAGCCGGUCACGACUGGACCUAAUGGUCAGGGGUCCCUUUACCUUUACAUUUACCAAUUGCUGAAAAUCACAAGUGGGGGAGAGUUGCUGCUCUCGCACUCAGGUCCAGCUUGUGGGCUUCUCCUGCUACUGUAAGAACAGGAGGCUGGACUAGAUGGGCUCCCUUUGCCCCGUUCCAGCUGCUGCUUGACAGUUCUGACUCUCGCCAGCCAUCUCACUUGCCUCAUUUACUUCCACCGCAGGUCGUAUUGCCGAGCCGCGAAGAGGGACACCAUCUUUGCACUGUCUUCGGGCCAAGGGAAAUGUGGGGUGGCCGUGAUUCGAACCAGCGGCCCGGCCAGCAGCGUGGCCCUGGUCCGCCUGACGAGGGCGGAGGCGCCUCCUCCGAGAGUGGCCACGCUGCGGCGGAUCUGCGACCCCCGGUCUGCCGAAACCCUGGACCGCGGCCUCGUCUUGUGGUUCCCAGGUGAGCGGAUCUGGGCACCUGCGCUGAAUAUAUCUGUGAGGGUGAGGAGAGAGACUCCCAUCAGGCAAGGCCUCCUUCCACCUGCCUUGCCCUACCCUCUGCUUCUCAAUGUGUGUUGUAUUGUGGCUUGCCGUUGUUUUAUUGAUUAUACAGUGGUACAGUGGUGCCUCGCAAGACGAAAAGAAUCCGUUCCGCGAGUCUUUUCGUCUUGCGGGUUUUUUCGUCUUGCGAAGCAAGCCCAUUAGCGGUUUAGCGGAUUAGCGCUACAGUAUUAGCGGCUUAGUGGGCUUAGCGGAUCAGCUGAUAAGCGGCUUAGCGAUCAGCUGUUAAGCGGCUUAACGAUCAGCUGAUAAGCGGCUUAACGAUCAGCUGAUAAGCGGCUUAGCGAUCAGCUGUUAAGCGGCUUAGCCGAUCAGCUGAUAAGCGGUUUAGUGGCUUGGGAAAAGGGGGGAAAGGAAAAACCCGCAGGAACUCGCAAGACAUUUUCGUCUUGCGAAGCAAGCACAUAGGAAAUUCGUUUUGCGAAGCACCUCCAAAACGGAAAACCCUUUCGUCUAGCGGGUUUUCCGUCUUGCGAGGCAUUCGUCUUGCGGGGCACCACUGUACCUCGGGUUAAGUGCUUAAUUCGUUCCGGAGGUCCAGACUUAACCUGAAACUGUUCUUAACCUGAAGCACCACUUUAGCUAAUGGGGCCUCCCGCUGCCACCAGAGCAUGAUUUCUGUUCUCAUCCUGAAGCAAAGUUCUUAACCCGAGGUAAUAUUUCUGGGUUAGUGGAGUCUGUAACCUGAAGCGUAUGUAACCUGAAGAGUAUGUAACCCGAGGUACCACUGUAGUUUAGAUAUUAUUGUAACUGUUGAGUGGAUUUCUGUUUAACUUUCAUAUGUUUAUAUUAUUAUUUUAUACUAUUCUAAUGAUUGUUGAAUGUUACUUUUUUGAUGGAGGUUGCCUAUUUUAAAGUUAUGUUUUAUUAUCUUUUUUUAAAUAUAAUUUUUAUUAAGUUUUCCAUAUUUCAUUACAUUACAUUUCAGUAUGAAAAAUUUCAGUAUAAAAAAAUAAAAAAAAUCAUAACUUAAAGCAUUGCUUAAAUAAAGCAUCAACCUCCUUCCCUCCCUCUAACAGACUUCCAUAUCACUUUACCAAUUUCUUUAAAUUCCUAUAUUCACUUUUUUACCUUAUAUCAAUCUUUUAGCAAUCACCUUCUUAUAAGUAAAUCAGCUCCUUAAUUUCCCAUUACCAAACAUUUCAACUUAAACCUACAAACGUUUUCAACUGUUUACAAUUUUCUAAAGUUAUCUUUUGUGAUCACAUUUUUGUAUUGCAAUGGAUGAGCCUCACCUUGGGAAAACCACCUUCAUGAUAACGGUGUUUUUGUAUAGCAUUAGAUUGUUAUAAGAUGUACAUUUUUUGUUUCUUCAGCUUGUAAACUGCCUUGAGUUUUGUAAGAUAGAAAGGUGUAUACAAAUUAAAAAUGAUGAACGAUGAUGAUGAUGUAUCUCCGGCGUCCCACUCAGGCCAAGGAGAGGGGUUCUGCGAGGUCCGUAGCUUACUAGUAAAGGUAAAGGGACCCCUGAUCAUUAGAUCCAGUCGUGGCCGACUCUGGGGUUGCGGCUCUCAUCUCGCUUUAUUGGCCUAGGGAGCCGGCAUACAGCUUCCGGGUCAUGUGGCCAGCAUGACUAAGUUGCUUCUGGUGAACCAGAGCAGCGCACAGAAACACCGUUUACCUUCCCGCCAGAGUGGUAUCUAUUUAUCUACUUGCACUUUGAUGUGCUUUCAAACUGCUAGGUUGGCAGGAGCAGGGACCGAGCAACGGGAGCUCACCCAAUCGCGUGGAUUCAAACCGCCGACCUUCUGAUCGGCAAGCCCUAGGCUCUGUGGUUUAACCCACAGCGCCACCCGCGUCUCAUAAAUUCUAUCAAAAGCUAUAGCCAAAUAACCAGAAAAAGGAAGCACAACUCACUUAAGGUUGAUAUGCAGUAGUUUUCCUUCAUCUGAAUGUAGCCAGUGAGCAUGAGUGUUUAGAGAGCCAAUUGGGUGUUAUGAGCUAUGAAAUCUCAGAAACCUACUUUCCCCAAAAGCUUUCCCCAAUUUUGGCUGCUGGUGUAGAUGGGGGUCUCUUUGGCCUGACGCCACAUGGACUUCUUAGCUUCUUAUGACUCCUCUUCCAAUUCUUUGCAUCUGCUCUGUCCGGCGCGGCAAUUAUAGUAAUCAUUCUUUAAAUUUCUGCCCUUCCUUUUCCUCGCAUGGGGCACCUCGGGGCAGCAGGCGGCAAAGGAGUAAUUAAUCCCAAGCGUUGUGUUGUUGUUGUUUUUCAGGGCCGGGCAGUUUCACGGGUGAAGACAGCGCAGAGUUCCACGUCCAUGGAGGGCCGGCUGUGGUGAGCGGCGUCUUGAAAGCUUUGGGUGUGUCUUCCUUCCUGUAUUCCAGGCUGACUUUGUUAGGCUGGGUGUCUUGGGCUGAAGGACCCUGUUUUGAAGACCUCUUGUUGCUUUUUGCCAAAAAAAUAAAUAAAUAAAUAAAAUUUCCACAGUUAGGUUUUCACAACUGAAAACAAAAAUUAACCCACAUUUCUACCAGAUCUAGAUUUAUACAAAUGUUGUUGUUGUUUAGUCGUUUAGUCGUGUCCGCCUCUUCGUGACCCCCUGGACCAGAGCACGCCAGGCACUCCUGUCUUCCACUGCCUCCCAUAGUUUGGUCAAACUCAUGCUGGUAGCUUCGAGAACACUGUCCCACCAUCUCGUCCUCUGUCGUCCCCUUCUCCUUGUGCCCUCCAUCUUUCCCCACAUCAGGGUCUUUUCCAGGGAGUCUUCUCUUCUCAUGAGGUGGCCAAAGUCUUGGAGCCUCAGCUUCAGGAUCUGUCCUUCCAGUGAGCACUCAGGGCUGAUUUCCUUCAGAAUAGAGAGGUUUGAUCUUCUUGCAGUCCAUGGGACUCUCAAGAGUCUCCUCCAGCACCAGAAUUCAAAAGCAUCCAUUCUUCAGCGAUCAGCCUUCUUGAUGGUCCAGCUCUCACUUCCAUACAUCACUACUGGGAAAACCAUAGCUUUUACUAUACGGAUCUUUGUUGGCAAGAUGAUGUCUCUGCUUUUUAAGAUGCUGUCCAGGUUUGUCAUUGCUUUCCUCCCAAGAAGCAGGCGUCUUUUAAUUUCGUGGCUGCUGUCACCAUCUGCAGUGAUCAUGGAGCCCAAGAAAGUAAAAUCUCUCACUGCCUCCAUUUCUUCCCCUUCUAUUUGCCAGGAGGUGAUGGGACCAGUGGCCAUUUAUACAAAUACAUUAUCACGAAUCUUCUCUUUGAGAUUCUUUGAAUCGCUGGACUUCCCUCCAUAUCCUCUUCUGGUUCCUUUAUAUAUAAUCCAAAUUCUUCAUUUCCAUACUUACACAGUGGUACCUCUGGUUGCGGAUGGGAUCUGUUCCGGAGCUCCGGUCGGAUCCUGGGGUUUCCGCAACCGGAGGUGACUGUUCUGUGCAUGUUUGUGGCACGUUAGAGUGCCUCUGCGCAUGUGUGCGCGGCAAAACCCUGCAAAAUACUUCCAGGUUUGCCACAUGCGUAUCUUGACGUAUACGUAACCGUAGGUGAACGUAAGUAGAGGUACCACUGUACCUCCAGUUAUUUCCAGUUAUUACCGUAUUUUUCGUUCUAUAGGGCGCACCGGCCCAUAGGACGCACCUCGUUUUUUUGGGGGGGAAAUGAAUAAAAAAAAUUAUUCCCCCCCCCCCGCCGCGGCUGCCGCCCCAAGCCUUGUGCACACCUGCAAGAAGCACGGGGCACCCUCCGGAGGGCUCCCCGUGCUUCGGGCGACAGGCUGCUGCCCCAAGCCUCGCGCGCUCGGCGGGACCUCCUGCCGGGCGCGCAAGGCUUGUGGACACUCGCCGGGGCUGCAGGCUGCUGCCUGCAAGCCUUGUGAGCCCGCGGGAACUCCCACCGGGCUUGCAAGGCUUGCGGAUAGCUUCCUGAAGCCUGGAGAGCGAGAGGGGUCGGUGCGCACCGAUGCCUCUCAUCUCAUCUCAUCUCAAAUCCGUUUAUUGUGAGGACCAUGCCUGUACACAAACAUUAACACAACAAUAGUUAAAAGAUAUUAAAAUUCAUUACAUACUACGCCAACAAAACCUUCAUCCCACAAAAUAGAAAGAGAGGGAAAACGAGCAACGAGUUAAACAGACGAUGAAGGGGUCUUUACAUUUUCAUCCAUAAGUCUUUCCCUGGCUUUCACGGCCUUUAUCACAAAAACCGCUACCACAUGGGUAAUACGUGGGUUUGCAUCAACUAACAAAAAUUUACUCUAUCUUCAGGAUUAGUUAUAGAGUUGGGUAUAAUUUGCAGCAAUGCGUCUCUAAAGCUCGAGUAGAUGGGGCAAUAGAGGAGGUAAUGUGUAAGAUCCUCUUUAAUUUUCAUAAGGCAAGGGCAUAAACGAUGUUCUACUGGGGUUUUUGUGAAUCUACCGGUCAGAUAUGCAGUUGGCAGUGUUUGAAACCGUGCCAUAGUGAAAGCUCUCCGAAGGGUGGGGUCAGUGAUCUCCACCAAGUAGUUGGCACAGAUUUUGACUGCUUUUACUCGGGGAAACCAGUAGGAAAACCCAGAGUUUUUUAUCUUUGUGGAGUCCAAAAAGGCGUCUUUUUCAAAGAUCCAUUCCCGAACUUUAUCAGGGCUCCACAAUUUAAGGGUAUUAAACUCGGGUAGAUUGUAUCUGGAUAGGAUAUCUAGUAGGUUUUUAUGCCAAGUAGUAUUAUUUUGUAAUAAUACAAAGGCUUGUUUAGCCAAUAAGGUGUUCGGGGCAUCUGUGAGGUUGGUGAAAAACACAGGAAUCUUAAGUGGGCCCUGGCAGACACAGAAGGUAAUCCUACUUCCACUCUUAGGAGAGCUGCCGGAGUACUCUGAGGAGGCCUAGAAUUCUUCUGAGGUAAAAAUUUUGGAAGAUUUCAAGCCGUUCUAACAGCUUCUGAUUCCAUCCCCAGAGUUCUACUCCAUAUAGCAUCUGGGGAAUCACUUUUCCAACAAAAGCUUUUAAUGCCGGGAUCACCAGUUGCCCUCCCCUCGAAUAAAAAAAGCUGAGCAGGGCACCGAUUGUCCUACGUGUUAAGAGGGCUACAGUCUUGAAGUGGGCAAGCCAGCUAGAUGUAGCUUGGAAAGUGAUACCAAGAUAUUUAAAAAAAAGACACUGUUCAAUUUUGUGUUCAUCUAAAGACCAUCUAAAUGUGUGGCGAGCUCUAGUAAAUACCACAAUUUUUGUUUUGUCAUAAUUUAUCUUUAGAGAGUUUUGGGAACAAUAAGCUGCGAGCCCCCCAGCAUGCUAUGUAGGCCCCUUCGAGUAAGUGCCAUGACAGCCAUGUCAUCAGCAUAUAGUAAUAUAUUCAGGUGUUUGCCUUCCAGGGCAGGAGCUGAUGACUUAUACUUUGCCAUAUGUUGAACAAUGUCAUUUAUAUAGAAAUUAAAGAGGAACGGCGCUAACAAACAGCCCUGUUUAACCCCUUUCCCCAGUGGCAGUGGGUCAGUAUAGUUGCCUGACAUCCCAGUUCUGAUUUUAACUGUGGUGUCUGAAUGUAACUCUCUAAGUAUUUUGAGAAGUCGUCUAUCAAUAUCUGUUUCAUAUAAUUUUUGCCAUAAUUUGUCCCUACAGAUUGAAUCAAAAGCGGAUGUGAGAUCUACGAAAGCCACAAAAAGUUUGCUCUUAUGUACCUUUGUAUACUUAUCUAUCAUUGUCUGUAGUACCAAACAAUGGCCUGUUGUACUAUGGCCCUUUCUAAACCCUGCCUGUUCCGGAUUAAGCAGGUUAGAGUGGUCAGCCCAGUCAACCAGUUUAUUUAGCAGGUAGCGAGUGUAAAGUUUAUACACAAUGUCCAGGAGACUUAUGGGGCGAUAGUUUGAGGGGUCUUGGGGUCUCCUUCUUAUAGAUGGGGGCUACCAGGCUCAGUUUCCAGUUUUCUGGGAUUUUGCAUAUAUCAUUUAUUACCGUAAAAGUUGGGCCAAAAUAGCAGCCCACCACUGGGCAUUUAGUUUAAAUACCUCAGGAGGAAUCAUAUCCUCACCGGGAGCUUUGCCAUUCUUGAGUGUUUUAAUUAGCUGUAAACAUUCUGAUUCGGUAACAGGAUCCCAGCCCAUUAAUAAAUCGUUUUUAAGAGGAGGAAACUGGCUCGGUUUAGCAAUGUUUGGAGCUGUAUAUAGCCGGGAAAAGUGUUGGUACCAUAAGUUAGAUGAGAUACUGUUGGUUACAAUUUUCCCUUUGGGUGAAACUCCCUGGGCAAUUAUUUCCCAGAACUUUUUGUCAUCCCGCAAUUUGAUCGCUUUGUCAAGUGCCUCCCAUUGUUCCUUUCUGUAGAGGGAUUUCUUAAAUUUUAGAGUAUUUUUAUAAUGAGAACGCCACCUGUGCAGGUUUUCCAAUGAGGCCUUCCUUUUCCAAGGUCCCUUCCUUUUCCAAGGUCCCUUCCUGUUUUACCUUAUUUUGUAGUUUCCUGAGCAAAGAUCUUAGAUUCCUACAGUCUUUGUCGAACCAGGCCCUCGAGUUGUUUUGUUUUUUGGGAGGGUUGGAAUUCGUGAGUAGUGGGAAGAGCGACUCUGAGACCUGCUGAAAUGUUGAAAAGGGGUCAGAAAUGGAUGAGAUGCACUGGUCUCUCAAGGCCAGUAAGUCUGAUGAAUGUAGGUGUAAUUUGAUUUUAGAUUCCAGGUCGCUGUUCCAUUUACGCCUACGAAGGGCCAGAGUUGGAGGUGGGUCUGCACAGUGAUUGCGGUGUUGCGGAUCCUCCACACCACGGGGAAUUAGUGAAAUUGAUAUAGGAAGAUGAUCACUCUCAAUUCUAUUGAAAGUCCUGAAGCCCUGUGACCUCUCCAAGAGUUUUGGGGAGACCAGGAUAUAAUCAAUAACGCUCGCACCUCUGGGUCCAAGAAAAGAAAAGAAACCCCCUGACCUGUCCAUAUGGGUACCAUGCAAAUUAUACAAAUUAUGUUUGAAGGCAGUCUCCAUUAAUGUAAUGCCUGCCUUAUUCAAGACCUUAUCGUCUGAGGACCAGGGAAUAAACCAAUCUGCCUCUGGCAAGAACUGAGAUUUAGAGCAGUACGUAUUAAUGUCAUUUCCUAUCCUGGCGUUGAAAUCACCUGCCAGCAGGAUAUCCAUGCCAGGGAAUUCUAGUUCAGCCUUCUCCAGACAUAGCUCUAAAUCUUCCCAGAAUUGUGACGACUGGGGAGGGGUGCCUAUGGGAGGGAUAUAUAUAUUAAAGCAAAGGAAAUCUCCUCCUUCACUACUAGAAAUAAGUAAGAUUUGUAAAUUGUUACUCUUCACCCACUGCUGUUGCCGGGCCUUGCAUUUUAGCUUGGUAGAAACAAAAGUGACUAAACCACCACUAGGUCGGCCCACCGAUGCCUCUCACUCUCCAGGCUUCAGCGAAAGCCUGCAUUCGCCCCAUAGGACGCACACACAUUUCCCCUUCAUUUUUGGAGGGGAAAAAGUGCGUCCUAUGGAGCGAAAAAUACGGUAUUUCCCUUUCCUCUUCUUCUUCUAAUUUUUUAUUGGUUACAAGCAUUAACUUAAAAUCCUGUAUCAAACCUGUCUGCAGUAUUUCUGCACAUAAACAGUAAACGAUUCCCACUCUUUCUUAAACUUCUCGUUGUCAUCGUCUCUGAGCUUUGGCCGUUAAUUUUGCCCUUUCUGCAUAGACCAUUUGCUUGAUUUGCCAUUCUUCUUUCGUCGAUAUCUUUUCUUCCUUCCAUCUUUGGGCUAACAAUAUCCGGGCGGCUGUUGUAGCAUACAUAAAUAUUUUCUUCUGCUCUUCAGGGAGUUUUCAAUGUCUAAAACUCCUGGUAGAGGAACAAGGAUCUAGAGAUCAUGCUAAGGGUGGCCAAAUUCUGUGCGACUGCCAUGAAACUUAGGGAACAAACUGUACUACCAAAAUGAUUAAGGUUUUAAAUGACAAUUUUAGGUUAUAUUUUAGUGAUUAAGAUUUAAUAUAUAUUUUUAACUGCCACUAUAUCUGAAUUGUCCAUGUUAUACCCAAUUCAAUGUAUUCCUGUUGCGUUUUAUGAUUUUCCUGAUAUUGUAAGUGAGCCAGAACUGGUCUGUGACCCUAAUAAUAAAAUUCAUUCUCAUUCAUUCAUUCUUCAGGGAGUUCAGUUCCUAUCAAUCCUAGUAAGAAAGCUUUUGGGUUGUUGUUUUUUUAGCAAAGGUUACUUUAAACAUUUUCUUCCGUUCGUUAUAGAUCGUUUCCCAGAAGCUUUUAAUAGGAAGGCCUCUUCUCUUGGUUCCAGGUUGCCUUCCUCUGCUGCGCCUUGCUGAACCCGGGGAGUUCACCAAACGCGCCUUCCAGAACGGCAAGCUAGACUUGACCGCAGCAGAAGGCCUAGGGGACUUGAUUCAUGCUGAGACGGAAAGCCAGCGGCGGCAGGCUCUCCGCCAGAUGGAAGGGGACUUGGGGCGGCUCUAUCGCCGUUGGAGCGACACCCUCACAAAGGCAAGGGAAUUGGGGUCACUUACUGGGUGGAAAAGCAGGGACGAAGGUGGCGCUGUGGGUUAAACCACAGAGCCUAGGACUUGCCGAUCAGAAGGUCGGCGGUUUGAAUCCCCCCAAUGACGGGGUGAGCUCCCGUUGCUCGGUCCCUGCUCCUGCCAACCUAGCAGUUCGAAAGCACCUCAAAGUGCAAGUAGAUCAAUAGGCACCACUCUGGCGGGAAGGUAAACGGCAUUUCCGUGCGCUGUUCUGGUUCGCCAGAAGCGGCUUAGUCAUGCUGGCCACAUACCCGGAAGCUGUACGCUGGCUCCCUCGGCCAAUAAAGCGAGAUGAGCGCUGCAACUCCAGAGUCAGUCACAACUGGACCUAAUGGUCAGGGGUCCCUUUACUUUUACUGGGUGGAAUGGUUUGUGUAGGAUUCCUGGAACUGAGACUCCUGCCCUGCAAAGGGAACAGCUUUUAGUGGCAAGGGCCAUAAAGGUUAACAGUAAUAAUAAAAAUAAAACCCAAGAAUAUAAGAAGAUCCCUGCAGCAGGAUCAGGCCAAAGUGGUAUGAUCUUGUCAAGCAUCCCUUCCUCAUAGGUGGUCGUCAAAAUUAGCCAGGCGCAUUUUGCACCUGAAUCUUAGGUAAAAGGUAAGGUAAAGGACCCCUGGAUGGUUAAGUCCAGUCAAAGGUGACUAUGGGGUUGCGGCGCUCAUCUCGCUUUCAGGCCGAGGAAGCUGGCGUUUGUCUGCAGACAGCUUUCUGGGUCAUGUGGCCAGCAGGACUAAACUGCUUCUGGCACAACGGGACACUGUGACAGAAACCAGAGCACAUGGAAACGCCGUUUACCUUCCCGCCGGAGCGGUACCUAUUUAUCUACUUGCACUUUGAUGUGCUUUCGAACUGCUAGGUUGGCAGGAGCUGGGACAGAGCAAUGGGAGCUCACCCUGUCGUGGGGAUUUGAACUGCCAACCUUCUGAUCGGCAAGCCCAAGAGGCUCAGGGAUUUAGAUCACAGGCGUUUAGAUCCUUUCUUUUGUCUGGCCGUAAUAGGAAUGUGCUUUCUCUCUUUCCCUCCUCCCUGCAAACAGAAGUAUUUAUUUUGUUCCCUGCAGUUUCUUUUGGGCCACACCAAACAUCAAAUAUUUGGUUAUAGUACAUAAUUACUCCCUACUCUCUGACCAAGAAAAUGAGCUGCUGACCUUUAUUGUUCCCACAGGCCUUGGCCCACCUUGAAGCCUACAUUGACUUCAGCGAAGACGACAACAUUGAGGAGGGGAUCCUUGCUGAAGGUAAGGAGCCUGCCAUGGGGGGGGCACUUAGAACCCUUCCUCCCACGCCCAAAUAAAUGUUGACCUCUCUAUGGUUUGGCCCCAACGGCAGCAAUAGAAGUGCAGCUACAUUCGCAAGGAUGCCGCCCUGCUUUUAAAAUAAAAGGUUGGACAAUUAAUGAGUUGCUGCGCCAUCAAAGAUAACAGAUUUGGACAACAUCCCGGAAUUGGAACGGAAUCAGACGAAGCUGAGCUGAUAAAAAGGCAACUGGAAAAACUUUAUAUUAACAAAGCUAUAUUCAGCGGAUGAAAGUACGGUGGUACCUCGGGUUAAGUACUUAAUUCGUUCCGGAGGUCCGUUCUUAACCUGAAACUGUUCUUAACCUGAAGCACCACUUUAGCUAAUGGGGCCUCCUGCUGCUGCUGUGCCGCCAGAGCCCGAUUUCUGUUCUCAUCCUGAAGCAAAGUUCUUAACCCGAGGUAAUAUUUCUGGGUUAGCGGAGUCUGUAACCUGAAGCGUAUGUAACCUGAAGCGUAUGUAACCCGAGUUACCACUGUAUAUGGUGUUUGACAUGAAUGAGAAUCCUGGACCCAGGAACAAAAAAUUACCAAGCGUUAAUAUCGAAAUGUGGAAAAUAUGGAAACAACAAAGAGAAAGAGGGCUAGGAUGCGGAGAUAUGCUCCAGAGAUCCAGACCGUGGGGAGCACCAAGAAAUUAAUAAAUACAAUUUGGACUAUAAUUUGAUCUUUUUUAUUUUAGUCUUUUGGUGGGACGUGGGUGAGGCUGUGGGUUAAACCACAGAGCCUAGGACUUGCCGAUCAGAAGGUCGGUGGUUCAAAUCCCCACAACGGGUGAGCUCUCGAUCCUCGGUCCCUGCUCCUGCCAACCUAGCAGUUCGAAAGCACCUCAAAGUGCAAGUAGAUCAAUAGGUACCGCUCUGGCGAGAAGGUAAAUGGCGUUUCCGUGCGCUGCUCUGGUUUGCCAGAAGCGGCUUAGUCCUGCUGGCCACAUGACCCGGAAGCUGUACGCCGGCUCCCUCGGCCAAUAAAUCGGGAUGAGCGCUGCAGCCCCAGAGUCGGCCACGACUGGAGCUAAUGGUCAGGGGUCCCAUUACCUUUAAUAUCGAGAUGUGGAAAAUACGGAAACAACAAAGAGAAGCAGAACUAAGAUGUGGAGCUAUGCUCCAGAGAUCCAGACCGUGGGGAGCCCCAAGAAAUUAAUAAAUACUAUUUGGUCUAUAAUUUGAUCUUUUUAUUUUAGUUUUUUAUUUAAUUGAAGUAUUAUGAUUGGAUAUUUAAUUGGAAAAUCAAUAAAAAUGAUUUAAAAAUAAAAUAAAAUUUGAAAGGCGAUAGUCCUCAUGGCUGGGGGAAGAAGGAAAAGCAUUGGAAAGCCAGGAAGGGAAGGUUUUUUUUGGGGAGGGGGGAUGUGCAGUUUUGAGACAAUAGCCAUAAUCGGAGAGGCUCUGUCUUUUAUUUCUUCCUUCCUACUUCUUCACAGUGGAAGAGGCCGUUGAGGCGUUGGAGAAGGAGAUGCGGGAGCACUUGCAAGAUGGCCGCCGCGGCGAGAGGCUGAGGGACGGUGUUCAUGUCGUGAUCGCAGGGCCCACCAACGCUGGGAAAAGCAGCCUCCUCAACCACCUCUGUGAGCAGGAAGGGCAUCGGGGAGUUCUUUGGGCAUGGCGUGAAUGGGAAAAAAAAGUUGGGGCUGCUCAAUUGUAUUCUGCUGUUUUGUACCUUUGCCAUCCUGGGCUCCUUUGAGAGGAACAAGGGGAUAGAAAUUUAGCAAAGAACAAUGUUUUCAGUCCUGAUCUGCAUGGCUGGCCUGAUUUACAUGUUGUUGUUUAGUCGUUUAGUCGUGUCCGACUCUUUGUGACCCCCUGGACCAGAGCACGCCAGGCCCUCCUGUCUUCCACUGCCUCCCACAGUUUGGUCAAACUCAUGCUGGUAGCUUCGAGAACACUGUCCCACCAUCUCGUCCUCUGUCUCCCCUCCUCCUUGCGCCCUCCAUCUUUCCCAACAUCAGGGUCUUUUCCAGGGAGUCUUCUCCUGAGGUGGCCAAAGUAUUGGAGCCUCAGCUUCAGGAUCUGUCCUUCCAGUGAGCACUCAGGGCUGAUUUCCUUCAGAAUGGAGAGGUUUGAUCUUCUUGCAGUCCAUGGGACUCUCAAGAGUCUCCUCCAGCACCAUAAUUCAAAAGCAUCCAUUCUCCGGCGAUCAGCCUUCUUUAUGGUCCAGCUCUCACUUCCAUACAUCACUACUGGGAAAACCAUAGCUUUAACUAUACGCACCUUUGUUGGCAAGGUGAUGUCUCUGCUUUAGAGGCCUGAUUUACAUGGCACCCUACAGAGUAACGUAAGCAAAGACUAAACCAAAAACUAGAGUUCCCUGCCCCAAGGGGCUCACCACUGAAAUUGUUAAAGGAGAGAGAAUCACUGGUUUUCGAACAGCUUAGUUCUCGCACGUUUUGGCUCCCGAGUGCCGCAAAUCCAAAAGUGACUGUUCCGGUUUGCAAACUAUUUUUGGAAGCUGAACGUCUGACGGGGCUUCCGAUUGGAGCUUCCUGCAGCCAAUCGGAAGCCGUGCUUUCGUUUUGGAAGUCGAACGGACUUCCGGAACGGAUUCCUUUCGACUUCCAAGGUACAACUGUAUUACCUACUCCCAGCGACCCUGAACUUUUCCAGGGACUUGUGCAGAAAGAUGCCUGCAUCUUUUUUUUAAUACAGUGGUACCUCGGGUUACAUACGCUUCAGGUUACACACUCCACUAAGCCAGAAAUAGUGCUUCAGGUUAAGAACUUUGCUUCAGGAUGAGAACAGAAACCGGGUUCCAGCGGCAGCAGGAGGCCCCAUUUGCUAAAGUGGUGCUUCAGGUUAAGAACAGUUUCAAGUUAAGAACGGACCUCUGGAACGAAUUAAGUACUUAACCCAGGGUACCACUGUACUUAAUUCAUUCUGGAGGUCUGUUCUUAACCUGAAGCGCCACUUUAGCUAAUGGGGCCUCCCGCUGCCACCGUCCUGCUGCUGCGUGAUUUCUGUUCUCAUCCUGAAGCAAAGUUCUUAACCUGAGGUACCAUUUCUGUGUUAGCAGAGUCUGUAACCUGAAGCGUAUGUAACCUGAAGCGUCUGUAACCUGAGGUACCACUGUAUCCAGGAUGAUGGGGAUUGAACCUCGUACCUCCUGCAUAAUAAUAAUAAUAAUAAUAAUAAUAAUAAUAAUUUCUAUUUAUACCCCACCCUCUCCAGCCAAGGCUGGGCUCAGGGCGGCUAACAAGCAAUAAUAAAAACAAGUUGAAUGAAUACAACUUUAAAACGAGAUUUAAAUACAACAUUAAAAUAUUAAAAUGCAAAGCAAGUCCUUAAUUAUCAAUAAUAAUUUGAUUUAUCACCUGACCGUCACCCUCGCUUCUCGGGGCAGGCCCCUGUUUAAAAUGCAUCAUCAAAACGAGCUGUGAAUCGCUACGCUAAUGGCCCCUUUUGGCUAAAUAAGGAGAGCGCAGCUGUUGGUAAAGGUAAAGGGACCCUAGACCAUUAGGUCCAGUCGUGGCCGACUCUGGGGUUGCGGCGCUCAUCUCGCUUUAUUGGCCAAGGGAGCCGGCGUACAGCUUCCGGGUCUCGUGGCCAGCAUGACUAAGCCGCUUCUGGCGAACCAGAGCAGCGCACGGAAACGCCGUUUACCUUCCCGCCAGAGUGGUGCCUAUUGAUCUACUUGCACUUUGAGGUGCUUUCGAACUGCUAGGUUGGCAGGAGCAGGGACCGAGCAACGGGAGCUCACCCCGUCAUUGCGGGGAUUCGAACCGGCGACCUUCUGAUCGGCAAGCCCAAGAGGCUCAGCGGUUUAGACCACAGCGCCACCCGCGUCCCUGCAGCUGUUGAUAUUUGCUUGUAAUGUACAGUCACAUAGCCCAGUAAUGUCAACUCUGGCUGGCAGCACUGGCUCCGCACAGAUCCGGAGGGCAGAGUUGUUUCUCUCCUUCAGAAACCUUUUAAACUAGAGCUGAAGGUGGCAAGGAAGUCAUACAGCCCCCACCCCUUGUCUGGAGGCGGUUGGAGGAUGGAUGGCAGCUAACAGAUUGAGACUGAAUCCUGACAAGACAGAAGUACUGUUUUUGGGGGACAGGAGGCGGGCAGGUGUGGGGGAUUCCCUGGUCCUGAAUGGGGCAACUGUGCCCCUGAAGGACCAGGUGUGCAGCCUGGGAGUCAUUCUGGACUCACUGCUCUCCAUGAAGGCGCAGGUCAGUUCUGUGUCCAGGGCAGCUGUUUAUCAGCUCUAUCUGGUACGCAGGAUGAGACCCUAUCUGCCCACAGACUGUCCCGCCAGAGUGGUGCAUGCUCUGGUUAUCUCCCGCUUGGACUACUGCCAUGCGCUCUAUGUGGGGCUACCUUGGAAGGUGACGCGGAAACAACAAGUAAUCCAGAAUGCGGCAGCCAGACUGGGGACUGGGAGCGAGACCAUAUAACACUGGUCUUGAAAGACCUACAUUGGCUCCCAGUACGUUUCCGAGCACAAUUCAAAGUGUUGGUGCUGACCUUUAAAGCCCUAAAUGGCCUCGGUCCAAUAUAUCUGAAGGAGCGUCUUCACCUCCAUCGUUCUACCCGGACACUGAGGUCCAGCACCGAGGGCCUUCUGGUGGUUCCCUCCCUGCGAGAAGCCAAGUUACAGGGAACCAGGCAGAGGGCCUUCUCAAUAGUGGCACCUACCCUGUGGAACGCCCUCCCAUCAGAUGUCAAAGAGAACAACAACUACCAGACUUUUAGAAGACAUCUGAAGGCAGCCCUGUUUAGGGAAGCUUUUAAUGUUUGAUGUAUUAUACUAUUUUAAUAUUUUUUUGGAAGCCGGCCAGAGUGGCUGGGAAAGCCCAGCCAGAUGGGCGGGGUAUAAAUAAUAAAAUUAUUAUUAUUAUUAUUAUUAUUGCUUUACAGAGAACCUUCCAAAUUUCUCUUCCCUGUUUUGGGGAGGACUGAUUAUUUUUUUUAAUCCCAGUGGCUGUAGCCGAGUUGGGGAUCCUGCCAUCUAAAUGGCUUGCUCCCGAGACCCGUCCGCCAUCUCUGCCCCUUAGUGCUAUAGAUCAUUAUGCUAAUUGCUGGUUCUCUGGAUGGAUUAAUUAUAAUUAUAAUCCUCGGCUCCCUCUUCAUACGGUUGCUUUUGCCAAGACUUUAAAUGCCUCCGAAGAACACCAGUGGCUGAGAAUCGCAAGGGGAGUUCACUGCCUCACAAGUAGAGGGAAGUUCAUUGGCGGCGCUGUGGUCUAAACCACUGAGCCUCUUGGGCUUGCUGAUCGGAAGGUCGGCGGUUUGAUUCCCCGCGACGGGGUGAGCUCCCGUUGCUCUAUCCCAGCUCCUGCCAACCUAGCAGUUCGAAAGCACACCAGCGCAAGUAGAUAAAUAGGUACCAUUGCAGCGGGAAGGUAAACGGCAUUUCCGUGCGCUCUGGUUUCUGUCAUAGUGUCCCAUUGCGCCAGAAGCUUUUUAGUCCUGCUGGCCACAUGACCUGGGAAGCUGUCUGUGAACAAACGCCGGCUCCCUCAGCCUGAAAGCGAGAUGAGCACCGCAACCCCAUAGUCACCUUUGGCUGGACUUAACCGUCCAGGGGUCCUUUACCUUUUACCUUUUUUAUUCAGGUUCUGUUUGGGGGCUUCCUAUAGUUAGGGGCAUCUUAUUGGCUGCUGUGAAGACAGGUCGCUGGACUGGACUGGAUGGGCCACCUUUGGCUUGAUCCAGCUCCAGCGUUCUUCCCAUCUUCUGAGCAUUGGUGAUUGCCUCUAAAGUCUACCUUCCCUCCCUAAUUUAACUGUUGUCCUCCCUCAGGUCAGAAGCCGGCAGCCAUUGUUUCCCCCAUAGCGGGGACCACGCGGGAUGUGGUGGAGGCGGCGCUGAACAUCGGCGGGUUCCCUGUGGUGCUGAGCGACACCGCAGGGCUGCGGGACACCAGUGAUGUUGUUGAGAUGGAGGGAGUGAACCGGGCUCGGCAGAGGUGAGUGGGAAAAGGCGACGGCAGCCGCAGUAUCUGGGUCUUAAGCAAAGCUUCUCUUGCUGUCUCGAGGCGUUCACAAAGUAAAGGAAGGAUUGAACUCUGAUUAAAAAGAAUGCACACAGAGGCUUGAACCAGCAAGACUCUGGGAAGGGUGUGCAUAAUAAUCUCUGCCUCCCCACCCCUUGGCCCAGAUCGUUUUAUUCACAAAAUACCUUUUUACAGAGUGUUCGUAAGAACCAAUCAGAUUUCUUCCGAGCAUUUCAACAAACCCCACGUGGGGACAAAGUUAAACUACCAAAACUAAUUAAGCACACAUAUUUCUGGGGUAAACAAAACAGAACUACAAAGGAGUGCCUUUGGCAACCCCUGAGGUCAUAAACAAGCAAUAUACUGUAUUUUUUGCUCUAUAAGACUCACUUUUUCCCUCCUAAAAAGUAAGGAGAAAUGUGUGUGCGCACCUAGUUUUUGGAGGAGGAAACAAGAAAAAAAAUAUUCUGAAUCUCAGAAGUCAGAACAGCAAGAGGGAUCGCUGCGCAGUGAAAGCAGCAAUCCCUCUUGCUGUUCUGGCUUCUGGGAUAGCUGCACAGCCUGCAUUCACUCCAUAAGACGCAUACACAUUUCCCCUUCUUUUUAGGAGGGAAAAAGUGAGUCUUAUAGAGCAAAAAAUACGGUAUUUUGUUGCACUGAGCUAAGGCUUUUAACUGGCUCUCUGUUCCCUGCAGGGUGGAGGUUGCUGACCUCGUUCUUGCCGUCCUGGAUGCAGCGGAAGUGGCCCAGAAGCCUAACCAACUGGUCCCUGCCUUGCUGGACAUCCUGCCGCCGGACGAUCCGAAAGGGACCCGGCUGUACUUGCUGGUUCUGAACAAGAUGGACCUGCUUGGCGACAAGGAACGGGCGGAUCUGCUGCCGAACCUUGCCAACUCGGACCUGGCGCCAGCCUGCUUUCUCUCUUGCAAAACGGAAGAAGGGAUCGCUACUUUCCUGAGCGUGUUGGGGAAGCAGCUGGCUAACAUGUGAGGACCGGGAGAGAAGGAGCCAUGAGGGGGUGGGUUGGGCUGGGCUUGCCCCUCUCGCCUGCAACUCUGGAGAGCUGCAGCCAGUCAGUGAGGGCAACACUGAACUAAUUGGACCAGUGCUUUUGACUACGUUUAAAGGUAAAGGGACCCCUGACCAUUAGGUCCAGUCGUGACCGACUCUGGGGUUGCGGUGCUCAUCUCGCUUUAUUGGCCGAGGGAGCCGGUGUACAGCUUCCGGGUCAUGUGGCCAGCAGGACUAAGCCGCUUCUGGCGAAACCAGAGCAGCGCACGGAAACGCCGUUUACCUUCCCGCCGGAGAGGUACCUAUUUAUCUACUUGCACUUUGAUGUGCUUUCGAACUGCUAGGUUGGCAGGAGCAGGGACCGAGCAACGGGAGCUCACCCCGUCGCGGGGAUUUGAACCGCCGACCUUCCGAUCGGCAAGUCCUUGGCUCUGUGGUUUAACCCAUAGCGCCACCUGCCUCCCUUGACUGGGUUUAUUUUUUUCCAAAAAAAAAUUAUUCAUUUUAUAACACAAAUAAAAAACAGAAACAGAAAAGACAAACAAUACAAAUUCUUGUCAUAUCCUUAUUUUUCUAAACAUUAAGUUGGCUUCCCCAAGUCCCACCUAUCUGAUUUUCAUUUUACUUCAUCUUUAGCAGUUUACAUAUAUCAUAAUUUCUAACCAUCUUUUUUUUUUAAAUCACACUUAAAAUAACUUCACAUUUUAUCACUUACAGAUAAUACUGCUUUAAAAUACGCUAUCUUCUACUUCUAACCCUACAGCCUACAUCCACAGCUAUUCUAAGGUUUAGAUAUUAAAAUAUUUUUUCAAAUAUUCCUUAAACUUCUUCCAGUCUUCUUCCACCGUCUCUUCUCUCUGGUCUCAGAGUCUCCCGGUCAGUUCGGCAAGUUCCAUAUAGUGCAUCAUCUUUCUUUUGACUGGGUUUAAGGUUCGAAUCCCCGCGACGGGGUGAGCUCCCGUUGUUCAGUCCCUGCUCCUGCCCACCUAGCAGUUCAAAAGCGCGUCAAAGUGCAAGUAGAUAAAUAGGUACCGCUCCGGCAGGAAGGUAAAUGGCGUUUCCGUGCACUGCACGGGUUCGCCAGAAGCGGCUUAGUCAGUUGUGGUUGUUGACACAACUGCUGCUCGAAUUUUACUAGCUAAAAAGUGGAAAACGCAAGAAUUACCAACAGUGGAAGAAUGGCAGAUGAAGAUGAUGGAUUUUUUGGAACUAGCCGACCUAACCGGAAGAGUCCGUGACCAGGAGGAGGAGUAUCAGGAAGAAUGGACUAAAUUUAAUGAUUACUUAGUUAAAUAUGUCAAGUUAAAUUAAUUGGAAACAGCUUGCAGAUACUUAAUUGGCUUAGGAUCGUGUAUACGUUAAGUGAUGAAUUAAUAUGUUUAAUUUCAAAAUGAAAAGAUUUAAGGAUGUUAAUGUUCAAGUUAAAUUUUAUAAGAACUGUGAUUUGGAAAACCGUUAAAAGGAUGUGCAUUGAAAUUCAACCAAGGGGAAGCGGGGAAGUCACUUAACAAUGUUAAUAAGUGUAAUUUUUAAUAAGGUUAUGAUUUAUGUUUGUUUGUUUUAUGUGUUUGUUUAUAAUUUUGUGGAAAUCAAUAAAAAAAAAUGGGGGGGGGGGAAGAAGCGGCUUAGUCCUGCUGGCCACAGAACUCCUGGCUGUACGCCGGCUCCCUCGGCCAGUAAAGCGAGAUGAGCGCCGCAACCCCAGAGUCGGUCACGACUGGACCUAAUGGUCAGGGGUCCCUUUACCUUUUCAGGCAGCUUCCUAGGUUUGCAGUCCCCCCCUACGUACAAAGCCUUUUACCUAACCACAGUAAAUGUCUCUUCUAUUUUUUAAUCUUUCAAUAUUUUAAUGUUGUAUUUUAAUCUUAAGUUGUAUUCAUUUCAACUUGUCUUUAUUAUUGCUUGUUAGCCGCCCUGAGCCUGGCCUUGGCUGGGGAGGGUGGGGUAUAAAUAAAAAUUAUUAUUAUUAUUAUUAUUGCCCUCCAGGUGCGGCGACCCUCUCACAGGCUCCCCCAGCCCCACGCAAGCGCGCCACCAGCUCAGCUUAGCCAAAUGUCUAGAGGCCCUGGGGCGCUUUGGCCACUACCGGGCUGUGGAUCUCGCACUGGCCGCAGAGGAAUUGCGGCAGGCCCGGCGACUGCUAGGACGUCUGACGGGACAGGUGGGGUCUGAAGAGAUCCUGGAGCUCAUCUUCAAGGAUUUUUGCAUUGGCAAGUGAUGGAGUGACGUGACAGGGUGAGCUCCCGUUGCUCGGUCCCUGCUCCUGCCAACCUAGCAGUUCGAAAGCACACCAGUGCAAGUAGAUAAAUAGGUACCACUCCGGCGGGAAGGUAAACGGUGUUUCCGUGCGCUGCUCUGGUUCGCCAGAAGCGGCUUAGUCCUGCUGGCCACAUGACCCAGAAGCUGGACACUGGCUCCCUCGGCCAGUAAAGCGAGAUGAGCGCCGCAACCUCAGAGUCAUCCCCGACUGGACCUAAUGGUCAGGGGUCCCUUUACCCUUUACCUUUAAGUGAUGGAGGCAAACAGAGAGCAUCUUAUCCCACCUUUUGGAGCCGGGUGCAGCUGGAGCAUGGCGCCAUCUGGCGCUUGGAGGUGGUUCUGCGGUUCGAAGUAUAUUUUGGCCGGGGCAAAGGGACCCUGAGACUCUUUUUUAAAAAAUAAUAAUUUUGGGGGGGAAAUUUUAUUUACAACGUAACACAACCCCCCCACCCCCCGACACAGAAAUCCACCCCCAUCAGACACAAACAUAACAAGCAACAAGCGUAAUAUACAACAAUACAAACAACCAAAUAAAAGACUUCCUUUAUCCUGU